CAACAGAUGGCCGAAGAGCCUCUCAUAUAGAACUAAUAAAAUCAAAAAAAUUGAUAUCAAUAAUAACAUUAAGUACAGAUAAGCAUUCAAGAAAAAAUAUAUCCACACAGUUGGUAGUGCAUUUACCAUAUUGUUUUCUUCAGAGAAAGGUUACAAAUUAAAAAAUAAAAAAACAGGAGAGUGUGUAUUGUUACUUAAAAUGGGACACGCUAAUAUUUGGUGGUCUCACCCGCGAAAGUUUGGACAAGGGUCGCGGUCUUGCCGAGCUUGUGCUAAUGGGCAUGGUCUCAUUAGAAAAUAUGGGCUCAACUUGUGUAGACAGUGCUUUAGGGAGUAUGCUCAUGAAAUAGGAUUCAAGAAGGUAAGCCAAUACUAUAAAAUUCUGUUAUUAUGUUCUCCUCCUACUUAGAGAAAAAUGUUAUAAUAGUUAAACUUAAAAAAAAAAAAAGCCUGUUCUUACAAGUAUUUUGCAACUUGUAUGCCUUCCCUAAUUAAGAGGGUAAUGGUCUAACUUCCUGCGGGGACCAGCCGUAUUUAAGAAGUAGAAUAAAUUUUUUAAUUUAUUUAUGUACAAAUAAAAAAAAAAACUACAUUAUUUAUAACCUUGGAUUAAUAUUUUUUUUUCUUAUAGCAACUUUUUUCCUUUCCUAUCUUGUUUGUCAAUGUUUGAUCAUUAAUUAAUUAGGACAAAAGGAGGCGUUAAAGUCUAUGAUAUCCACAGUAUUGGCUGUUUG